AUGUCAGACGCUCACCAACCGACCUCCUCUCGAUGGUUUUGCCAUGUUUGCGAAGCUUAUUUCCCUCAGCCUUUCGACCCUCAAGAACCCCAGUGUGUGAGCUGUCAUUCGAGCUUCGUCGAAGAUAUAUCUGCCUCGUCGGCCUCCGAAUCGCCUCUCAACCAUCGGUCGAACCCAAAUCUUUCCCACCACCAUUUCAUCGAUUCCUUCCAAGAUGACGAUAGUCCGCCGAUCCCAAGUACCAGGCAACGAUACGAACAACAACAGCAGCAGAACCCUCGCCAUCAUCAACAAGGAGCCAACCGACAACCGUUCCACCAAGCUCCUUAUAUAAACUUCAUCGACCCCCUUAUCAACAUCCUCUCAGCUCCCUCGAUUCCCGAUCCGGCCGAUCAUGAUCAGCCCCCGCCCUCUUCUCGUCCCGCACCUCAGCAUCGAUUAGGGCCUCAUUCGUUCAGUAGUAUAGGCGACUUUCUUGCUCAACAUUACUCACCCCGGACCUUUGCAAGCCCAAAUCCUUUUUCCGACCGCUCAGCUCAAAAUAACGAGCAUAACAACCACAACAGCAACAACCAAAACAGCCAAGAUCCGUCCACCGGCCCCCGUUCGGAUGCUCAGGAACUGCCAAGGUCAUCGACUGAUAGAAGAGCCCCAACCGAAGACGGAUUUACGUUCGGUACUGUUGGUAACUCACCCCAUCAGCCUCUAAAUGGACUCUUAUCUCUACUUCAGUCUGCCUUUGGCCUUACCCCCUCAAACAGUGCAGCGUCUGAAAACGAGCGUCGGACGCCAGAAAGAAGUGAUUCGGCCAACACCCCCGGAGCCCAGCGACCUACUUCUAACGAACAGCCCCCUUCACCUCCAUCUUCUUCGUCCGGAUCCCCAGGGACUCGAACUGAUCCUCACGAAGAUCGGUCCGAGGAAAACUCUCAUCGAACUCACCCCCGUCCUACUCCAAGAUCGCCUCGGGUAAACAUAGAGGAAUCGCAUCCCUUGCGCCAAUUCAUCAACCUCCUCAACUCGCUCAACCAAUCUGAUACUACCUCCCGCACCGGCGUCAACGGAUUCGUCUUCAACGGGCCCACCGGCGGGUUCGGCUUUACCACUCAGUUCGACAUGGAACACAACAGCCCAUUCGGCCAAAACCUCGGCGAUUACGUGCCCAAUGACUCAGCUAUGCAGGAUAUCUUGAACCAGUUGAUCAACAUGACCGGCGCUAAUGGCGGCCAUAACCCCGUCCCUGCCUCUGAAUCUACUAUCAAAUCCUUAAGGAAAUUCGAAUUUGAUUCUUCUUGUAUCGGUCAAGAGGAAUCCCUCGAAUGCGCAAUCUGUAAGGAUACCUUUGCGGCCGGUGAUUCAUGUAUGGAAUUGCCCUGCAAACAUUUCUUUCAUGAUGAAGAUUGCAUCACACUUUGGUUAAAGCAAAACGGAUCGUGUCCAGUGUGUCGGUACUCGCUUGUUGACAACAACAACGAUGAUGAUAAUAAUGCGCAAGGAGGAGAAAGAGCGAGGGAUCGAAACGCACCAGAAUCUUCGACGUCGGCGGACGACUCCCAGUACCGACCUGACCCAGCAGACUGGCUCGACCCGGACCGUUGGUACGACGAGGAACACUACGAGCCUCCGUUCGACUACGAUUGA